CGAUAUCAUCUAUUUCGAAGAAGAAGUAUAUGGAACCUAUAAAGGCCACAUCUGGAAAGAGUAAAGGUGAACCAUACGUUGCACAAGCAUCGGAUGAAUUGGUACAAUGAUAUUGACGACUCUUGAAAACUCCAUAAUAUCUUGAAUUUGUGGGCUUAGCCUCACUUUGGAGUUUGGAAUUAGCGUCACUCAAUUUCCUCCUGGAAAUUAUUUAAAAUGGGCUAAAUUCAAAAAAUAACCACACAGAGCGAAAGAAGUGCUAAUUUUUAAUGAUCACGUAAAAUUUCGAGACUUUAUUUCACGUUUCAAGGAUUUUAUUGAAUUUUUUGAUGAAUCCCCAUACAUUUCCUUAUAACAUGACACCACUGAAACCAAGCUUGGGCUACCUUUGGUACAGUCGUGAAUAAGGAUGCUCAAUACUUUUGGAUAAUGGCGUCAUUCUACUAUCAAUAAUAUCAAAAUGCAUUGCUAGUUUUAUUUCUUAUUCCACAGCUACAUCUACAUUUUAAAAUCGUUAGAUAUCACACCAAUUUAAUUCACUUGUGUAAUUUUAAAGGUGCAGACAUAAGCGAAUAUGUAUAUUCCUUGACAGCGCGAGCUAAUCACUUUACAUUAUAGACUUUUAGACUUUAAUCAAUUAACACGUUAUACAUAAUUAAAUAUAGAGAAGAAAGGUAAUAAUAGAAUAAGUUCGUGAAAGUAUAUUACAAGUAAAUUGACAGGUCACUUGCUUUAUGGCAUCAUUAACUACAACUACCAGAAUCCCUUGCACACUUUCUUUCGUUCAGUUAAUAAGCACCAGUUGUCUUACUAUUCUCAUGAGGAAAUACAAAUUUGAAUAAGAAAGAAAAUUCGCGAAGCAUUUUGAUAGUGGGAGUCAAAUGAUGCCACCAUGCAAACUCCUAUUAUAGUAAAGUUACAAGAGUCUGCUGUGGCUGUAGUACUUUCGAGUAAACAGCCACACGUAGCUAGCCAAUCAGUGCGCUCGUUAUAAAACAUUUAUUAUGAUCUGUGAAAAACUUACAGUACGGAAAAAGCUGUAACGUGACAGUGACGAUGCCGUGUUCGAGCACUCUGAUUGGUUGAGCAGCAAUCUCGCGCACUGUGAUUGGCUAACUACCAUGUUUAUAUAAAUUAUACUGACUCGCAAACUACGUAUAUGACAAUAUUCUAGCUUUGUAGCAGCACCUAAUCAUGUAACCAGUUAUUAUAUCAGGCAAUUGACUGGAAAUGGGUUUAAGAAUGAUUUAAAAAUAUUUAUAUUUAGUACAAAAUGUGCAAUCCUCGUUCUCACGUCACAUAGCUUAUAGAGCAUGUGCAUGUUACGUCAUAGCCACAUGGAACCCGACUAUAUUUUAGAAAAAUAACUUUGCUCUUUGUGGGUUUCCUGUGUUGUGAUCGGUUUCCUAUAUAAAACCAAGAGACCAUGAAGGACAGAUCCAAAACAUCCCCAUACAUUCUCUAUAGAAGUACAGAGCUUGGGCUGCCUGUGGCCAAAUAUGCAAAUAAGCACUUCUAUUUCCUGUUGAUGAGUCUGAUGGUCUUUCAGACUAAAUGCUAGUAAGUUCUUUCGCUGAGUGAAAAGGUCUCAGUCUGCUAGAAGAUGAAGACAAAUAUGCGAUAGAAAAGUUCCUGCAAGACCGACGUUCUCCGGCGAUGAAAAGGUCUUCUCCAUCUGCUCAUUUGAAGAUGAAGGCAAAUAUGAGAUAGAAAAGAUGGCGACCACGGAAUAUACAGAUGAGGAGCUCAACUACUUCCGUCUAUGUUACGUCUUUACUCAUAAUGUACCCGAGGGAAUGCGAACAGUUUUCAAGCAACAAUGGAACGCGCGUUACAAGCCUACGUACGGCGAAUGGCUUGAUGUACCCAAAAAUGCAACCGAUUUCUGCAACAUGGAAUCACCUAGAAAUCAGAGACGUAAUGCAAGGCUUCUCACUAUUAUGGCAAACGGUAACACUAAAGAAUGGGACUGCACUUGUCUCUUUUAUGCUCUUCUUUUCUCAGAUUGCCUCGGGCCAUAUCUAAAUACCACUGUACAGACAAACGUUAACGAACUGAGAGAAAUCCGCAAUGAAGCUUUUGCCCACACUGCUGAUGGAAGUCUUACAGACGUGGAUUUUGAAGACGCCAUGCGGAAAGUCUUGGCUGCCUUUAAGGCGUUGGGGCUGGAUACGACGAAGGUGAAUGAAGUGAAAACCCAGAAAGGUUUUCCGACAGAGGAACUAAGUAGUAUUCAACAACAGCUAAAUAAUGAGAGAAAACUUUAUGUCAAAUUUCAUUCCUUCUGUGUCUUACCACCCAAACCUUCCCAUCAUACCACUGAUCGCGCAGAUGAAGUCACGACAAUAAACCACGAGAUGGAAAAGUUGAGAAGCACAAAGAAAAGUGAGACGACGGUGAUCUACUUGUCUGGUAACCCCGGAUGUGGAAAGAGUGAGAUUGCCAGGCAGAUUGGAAAUAGCUACUUUAACGAAAUCCCUGAAGAUACAACUCAUCUUAAGUUUGUAUUCACCUUCAACGCAUCCAACAUUGACACGCUUCUCGAAUCGUACGUGGAUUUUGCUGCCAGACUCAACUGUGACGAAGACUCUGCUACAAGAAUUGCGACAUCAAAAGACCUCAGUCCAGAAGAGAAAAUCGAAAAUAUUAAAAGUGUUAUCAACCCAAAAGUGCAGAUUUAUUCAUCGUGGUUGAUUAUUGUGGACAACGUAAAUGAUUUGAAAUCAGUUUCAAAGUACUUGCCUCAAGCGGGAGAAAAGACAAGUGGUGAUGGUCAAAUCCUCGUCACCACUCAAGACAGUCAAUCCAUUCCACUUGACCCCUAUACAUAUCAUUAUUCAUCUCUUAAGGUAGGGAUGCAAAAAGAAGAUGCCAUCGCAUUACUUUCCCAAAUCUCUGGUACUACUGGUGAUCGAGACACUUUACUUAACAUUGCCAGUGCUCUUGAUUUCCAACCGCUUGCCUUGGCUUGUGCAGCAAUUUACGUGCAGCGAAUAUUCAACUCUACUGACCAAUGUAAAACCAAAUGGGAGAAGUAUUUGCUCAAACUACAAGAAGGAAAGCGUGAGGCAACCGAAGAGGUUUACAAAAGGACCACUUUGACGUAUCAAACAGCAAUGACAGCUGCUGUCAGACUUGCUCUUGAGAGGGUAGUAAGUGAAGACAAGAUUAUGAUGCAUGCUUUUCAUUUCCUGUCAGUCAUAGCUAAUGAACCAAUACUAUUGAAAUAUGUUGUGCAAUAUGUAAUAAACUGCAUGCCUGAUGAAGACCAUGACGUUGUAGCUGCUCAUAUUAGUUUGAGUUCGCUGGUCAUUUUAUCUGAAGAUGUAGUAAUUUCAAAAGUAAUUCGUGUACAUCAAGUGGUUUACCAUGGCCUGCAGCAAUUGUUGGACGAUGAUGAAACGGAUAUUUUAAAACUGAUGUCAGUGUUUUCAGAUCUCGUUUCUUUUAAAAACCUUUACGAUGUAACCAAGGCAGAAAUCAUCGCCACACGAUCGUUUACGCCACAUUUUGUGAUUAUAUCAAGUAAACGUAACCUGCGUCUAUUGGAUCAUUCCACCUUACCAGCAAAAUCUCUCAAUGCCGCUGACUGUUUAUUCAAAGCAGGAAGUAUCUGUCUUGUGCAGGGAAGUUACGAGGCCUCUGAGAUAUUCCUAGAAACAUGUCUGUCAAUACAAAAACGUGCAUACCAUAGUAGUCCAGAAAUUGCUCAAGACCAAAACUUCAACUCAAAUAUCGCAGUAAUGAGUAAAUCGCACAAAGAUAAGCAAAGCCAUUUUGAGGAGGAAAUGAGUAGUGGCGAUUUAAGCGUUGCCUUGGCCACUACAUUAAAACGUCUGAGUGACUUAUAUAUUGAUUUAAGGAAUUACAAAAAAGCGCUAAUGCGUCUGGAGGAAGCACUGGUAAUCGAAGAAAGGUUGCACAAAGGAGAUCAUCCGGAACUGGCUAUUACGUUAAAGAACCUGGGUCACUGCCUCAUGCAUCUUGGGCAACACGAAAAGGCAGAAGCAUAUUUACAGAGAGCUUUGGCGAUGCAAGAAAAACGUCAGGGUGAAAACGACACCCUCUUGGCUGAUAUAUUAAUAAACCUGGUUAGGUCUCUUCAAAGUCAUGGUGAAUUUGAAAAAGCCAAGACGUAUUGUGAAAGAGCACUUGAGAUUGAGCAAAAACUCCGUGACAAUGAACAUCCACGGCUAGGUGACACUAUUAAUGACCUCGGGGUUUGUUUAUCAAACUUUAAAGAUGAAACAAAAGCAACAACUUUAUAUGAAAAAUCGCUUAAAAUAAUGGAAGGUUUAUAUCAUGAAAGUCAUCCAUACAAGGCCAUUACACUACUAAACAUUGGAUUUUCGUUAUCUAAGUUAAGAAGAGAAGAAAGAGCAAAAAGGUACUUUGAAAAAGUACUAACGAUUUCUGAAACGGCAAAUGAUCAAAAUAGAACACAUUUGAUACUGAAUAAUCUAGGUUUGUUUUUCAUCGGAUUAAAAGAAUACGACAAGGCCAAAGCAUACCUGGAGAGAGCAUUGUCCAUUCUUGAGAAAGGAGACGAUCAAAAUAAACUGGCUACUACGCUAAAUAAGCUUGGUUUUUGCCAUUAUCAACUAAAUGAAUACGACAAGGCCGUAAAUUAUUUCGAAAGAGCGCUGUCCAUAAGUGAGAAAGGAGACAAUGAAAAUGUUCCACAAAUGGUUUGCACGCUAGAAAAAAUUGGUUGCUGCCAUAUUAAACUCAAAGAAUACGACAAGGCUAAAGCGUACUAUGAGAGAGCACUGUCCAUUCGUGAGAAAGGAGACCAUGAAAAUAAUUCACAACUGGCUAGUACGCCAGAACACCUUGGUAUUUGCCAUAACGAACUAAAAGAAUACGAAAAGGCUAAAGUAUACUAUAAGAGAGCACUGUCCAUUCGUGAGAAGGGAGACAAUGAAAAUGAUCCAAAACUGGCUACUACGUUACAUAACAUUGGUGUCUGCCAUAAUAAACUAGAACAAUACGACAACGCCAAAGUGUACUUGGAGAGAGCGCUGUCCAUAAGUGAGAAAGGAGACAAUGAAAAUGAUCCACUAGUGGCUACUACGCUAGAAAACCUUGGUGUCUGCCAUAAGAAACUAGAACAAUACGACAAG